CUUCCUCGUGCGAAGUGGAUACUGACUGCCCUGUUGGAUUUGUAUGCUCGACUACACCAUCAACGCAAGGACAAUGUAUUUACGGUUGUCAUACUAGUGACGAUUGUCAAAUUGAUGCAACAGAUACCCAGAAUCAGACGUGUGAUAAGAAUUUACCGAGAUGGUCGUGUACUUGUGGAAACGACACUGUCUGUGAUGGAGACGGUAUAUGUGCUGGUGGACAUUGCGUCCUUCCUUUCAAUUUCGGUAUGAAGGGCAUAUUCUCACUAUGUGGUGUGUCGUCACUGGAGAGUACUUUUGAAGAUGUCUGUGCAUGGCUUUUAAACCAGGGAUAUACGCAGUUAGGCUACGAAGCCGCUGUUAUUGCAUGUGAUGGAGCUACAGAUGGGUUUGGGGUGUUUUUUUGUGAAGCACUGGUAUCAAUUCUUUUUAAGAUUGUAGGUGAUGCUGGUGGUAUUGGUGAUUCUAUAAAUGAUGUGUGUCACAAUGCUUGGUUGGAUGUUUGUGACUCGCUCUAA